AUGGCUUCAAAAUCUCUUAAAUUCAUCCCCCUUAUCCUCCUCCUCCUCAGCCUAUACACCACCCCAAUCUCCGCCAUCAAAAAAGGCGGCAUCGCCAUCUACUGGGGCCAAAAUGGCAAUGAAGGAACUCUAGCCCAAACAUGUGCCACCGGAAAAUUCCCUUAUGUAAACCUAGCCUUUCUUAAUGUAUUCGGUAACGGGUCAACCCCAAGCCUUAACCUCGCCGGACACUGUGAUCCAGCAAGUGGUGGAUGUGUAUCUUUAAGUAGCGACAUCCGUAGUUGCCAAAAACAAGGUGUUAAGCUCAUGUUAGCCAUAGGUGGUGGCAUCGGUAGAUAUUCCCUAUCUUCAAAGCUAGAUGCCAAAAAUGUUUCCUUGUACUUAUGGAACACUUUCCUAGGUGGCAAAUCACCAUCUGUGUUUCGCCCACUUGGCGAUGCUGCAUUGGACGGCAUUGAUUUUGAUAUCGAACUAGGAUCAUCAGAGUUCUAUGAUGAUCUGGUUCGAUAUUUGAAAUCUUACUGUGGAAAGGGUCAAAAAGUGUAUAUAACUGGGGCCCCACAAUGCCCAUUUCCGGAUAGGCUAAUGGGGUCCGCUUUAAAUACUGGACUUUUUGACUAUGUAUGGGUACAAUUUUAUAAUAACCCUCCGUGCCAAUAUAAUGGUAAUAUUACAAAUUUGAUCAACUCAUGGAAUGUUUGGUCAAAAUCGUCAAGUAUAAAAAAGUUGUUUUUAGGGCUGCCGGCGGCAACACAAGCAGCCGGAAGUGGGUUUAUUCCGGUGGAGGUUUUGAGGUCUCAAAUCCUUCCGGUGAUUAAGAAGUCCCCUAAGUAUGGAGGAGUAAUGUUUUGGUCAAAGUUUUGGGAUGACCAAAGUGGAUAUAGCUCAGCAAUUGUAUCAAGUGUAUAA